AUGACUGAUGAAGACCGGCCUUCGGUAUACGAAGCCUUGUUCGAUGCUGGCGUUCAGCAUUUUCCUUCCUUACAGUAUCCCGAUGGACUUCUCGCGCUCAGCAUAUGCCAAGGGAAAUACCUCGCGCGCCUCAAACUCGGUCUACGCAAUCCAACCAAUGGAUUCAUCUAUUCCCUGGAGACGGAAGACCAAGCCAUGUGUUCGAACACGACAAAGAGAUUGGCCUCCCGGAUCUUUGCCCUCAAACCGACGGUCCUGCAAGUAGAAACCUUUGAUUAUCCCUACGAUUAUUGGCUCGCACUGCUGCCGUAUACUCCACAUGUCCGGGACUUGACCAUCGUUGGCCCGACCAUCUCCCACUCUCUCUUCCAUUUACUAACCGGCGACGCCGGCGAUGUGCCCCCAGGGCCUAACGCCCACUUCGUCAACGCUCCUGUGCUACCAAAUCUAUCGACGCUGGUGAUCCGAAACCUCGACGACGGAUACUCCAGCAUAGACGCACUGCUUGACUUCUGUGUCAAGCCCGUAGGCCACGUAAUGCUCCCUCAGACACGCUGA